ACACACACACACACACACACACACACACACACACACACACACGUUGUACAUCAAUAAAAACACGACAGUACAAACACACAAACAAAACAAACACAAUUAAUACAAGUAGUGUGUAUGAUUAUGUAUUAAAAAAAAAAGUUACAAAAUUAAUCACGAAAAUGAAAAAAAAAAAUUAAGAAUUAUGACUACUUUUCUCAGCACCGUAGAAAAACCGUGUGUGUGUGUGUGUGUGUGCGCGCCGACAAGCAAUGUUACGUUGACCUUGUAAAAUUGUGAGUGCGUGAGUGAGAUGUCUAGCCAGGAGAAGGUUAUCACAUAAACUGAGGAUUUGCCAGUUAGUAACCCUUGGGACACUGCGGGAGAGGGUUGUCUGUGUUUGCCUUCUGCCCUCCACGCUGCCCUCUGCUCUGCUCUCCUCCGCUGCCGUGCUUCAAGGUGUGAAGUGUGAAGGAUAAGAUAAGUAAAUAGAGGUGACAUCAACAGACAGACUGGUUUCUUCAAGAGAUCCGCGUGUGAUGUGGUGCCCAUGGAGGUUAGCAAUGGUGGUGGUGGUGACGUGUGUGGUGCAAAGUGUGUGUGUCAGUGGCCAGAGCUUGCCACACCCCAGCACAGCAGAAUGGAACAGCACACAUCCACUCAACAUCACAGACUUCCCCACUGUUCUGUGGUAUGGGUUCUCGUCCAACAAAGUCAACUUCACUCGGGCCGACCUGCAGCGCCUGGUGGAGUGCUCGCUGGGCCGCCACCAAUGCCCGCCCCUCCACCAGGCACUCCCCUCCCUGGCGCUCUCCAGCUGUGAUAAGGAGAGUGAAGGAAAGUCAUCACACUGCCGGCUGCUGAAGGCUUGCACAGUGGAUGACCUACUCUCAGCGAUAGACCACGAUGAGGAGAGCCUGACUGUGGAGGACCUGAGGGAGCUGUUGCCGGUUAUUAUCUACAUGGGGCAGAAGGGGGAUUCCUGCACCGCCCAGCAGCUCGCCAUGACCCCCAAGAGCAAGCCCAAGCAAUCCGAGGUGUGGGGGUACGGCAUCCUGUUCGUGACCCUAAUCUCCGGGUGUUCGUUGGCGGGGGUGUCGGUGCUUCCGUUGAUGGCUCACAAAUUCUACCAGCAGCUGUUAACUCUCCUGGUGGGUCUGGCUGUGGGGUCCCUGGCUGCCUCGUCCCUCUUCCACCUCAUCCCUCAGGCGUUCAAAUUGAAUGUAAAGGAUGAGCACCACGGGUACCUGUUUGUGUCGCUGUUUGUGCUGGUGGGUGUCUGGGGCUUCUUCAUGGUGGAGCGCAUCAUUAAGAUCAUCAUCACACACCAGGCGCGGAAAGAGAAAGGCAACUUCCCUCCCGGCCAGUCAGACCAGGACAUCCUCUGCAACAACAUGAAGGACGUGCCGGCCGUGGAGCAGGGAAAGGUGCCGCCAGUGGUGUCUGUCAAUGGGGCUGUCAGUCUGGGGAAGGCGGAGGAGUCCAUCACCCCUCAGAGCUCCUGUGGGCCUGAUGAUGUGGAUUUGAUCUACGCCUCGCAACGACAAGUAAUCCGCGCCUCGUUUGGCCAUAAUGAGCGGCCAGACAAAGCAUCUGCCCACACCCACGCGCUGGAGUUCCGUCAGGGGCAGGACUCUGUGAUCCGCACUGUGGCGUGGAUGAUAAUAUUUGGCGACGGAUUCCACAACUUCAUUGACGGAGUGUCCAUUGGUGCUGCGUUCUCCGAGUCCAUCCUGACUGGGAUCUCCAUUAGUCUGGCUGUGAUGUGUGAGGAGCUGCCACAUGAACUGGGUGACUUUGCCGUGCUCCUCAAUGCUGGGAUGACGAUGAAACAAGCCGUGUCUUACAACUUCCUCUCGGCCACCACCUGCUACCUGGGCCUCUUCCUGGGCAUCCUGCUGGGGGAGUUCACCCAGGACAACACUGCAGUCUUCGCCGUUGCUGCAGGAAUGUUCCUCUACAUCGCUCUUGUGGACAUGGUGCCGGAGAUGAAUGAGGUGGCCAGCAAGGCAGCAGAGGGUGGCUGGAGGAGUGCCAUCCACAUCCUCAUGUACCAGAACCUCGGCAUCUUCAUCGGCAUUGGGUCACUCUUCUGUCUGGCAUACUUUCAGGACAGCAUGGUACUUACUUAGCUGUGCGAGUCCCCUUGUCAUCUGCCGCCUCCCCUGCGUCCCUCCCUGCGGCCUUCUCUUCACCCCACAUCACCCCUGUUGCAGCUCAGCGCCUCAGAUCCCACCUAACACUAAACCCAUUCCGCUAUAGAGGGUUACUUUGUUGUGUGUGUGUAGUGGUGAGCCGAAGGGUGUGGUGCUCCUGUUGGUAGACUUGUUGAGCACCUGUUCUCUCCUGCCAGGGAAGGUGGUGUUGAGGGGAAGUGUGUGGGGUGUUGCAGUGUUGCGGGUACUGUACUAUUGCAGCUGCUGGUGAGUGUGUGAGGCAGUUAUGUACAUGAUGAAGUCUGUUUUUGUACGAGUCUUAAAGUGUUAGGUGCGUGUGGGUGUGUGUGUGUGUGAGUAUGUGUGUGUGUGUGUGGAGCACCUCAGACCUUGUAGUGGUGCUGAGUACUGUGUAUUAUAACUCAUAGUACUACCUAACUUUUGGUAUCAGCUUCCUGUAUCCAAGUAGGGAUUAUUACACGAUACAGAUAAUAUUGAUACAAACCUUCUUAGUGUAAAGCCUAGGAAGUCGCCCUGUGUAUUCCCAGUUUAGCGUCACGCCCAGCUGUGUGUUUCCCGGCACUGUAUGCACCACUGCUGCAGAGAAAUGCCUGUGUUGUAGAGGAGAGAGUGCACAGCUCUGUCUUGGCUCCAGCUUGGCACUGGUACAGCUUCAGCCCGGCUCUGGCACAGCUCCCAGGAAGCAUGGAGUCCCAGGGUGAGGAGUAAAAGGGCACUGUCUGAGAGGAGGUCUGUGUGCCGGUGCUUCUCUGCCUCAACGUAGAAUGUUUUACUGACUACUUGUAAUAGAGGGAGAAUUUUGAAAUUUCUCCUCACUACUGUGAUUGAGCGGAGGCUGACGGGCAGAACUGGCACUCCUGGUGACUUGGAUCACCAGGAGUGAGCCGGGAGAUACAAGUACGUAAUUGUGAUGUUAACCAGUUCUUUGUGAAAAUUAGAAGUCAUCCUUUCUUUGCUUUCAUGUCCAGUUCCCGCUGUGUGUCGGGGCUGGACGGCGACCCUUAGUGAAGAACUAUGGUUUGGACAAUUGGGAACAGUUACCAUGAGUGGAUGGCCCCUUCGACCCCAGACUGUGGCCAGGAUCUGAACCUAGGCAUCCAAGUACCCCUCGGACCCUUGAGUCACCCCAGUAACCUGUAGUUUUGUUAAUUUCUCAGUGGUUCCUUUGCUGUGUUCCUUGUGAGCAAUACAGGAAGAUAUCUCGGUCACCCUUAGUUCUGUUCGGUGUUCUCGGUGUUUGAUUCACUGUGUUUCAAAUAUAGCGGGUGAAUGGAAUGGAUUCAGUAAUCAAGUUAGUGCUAAGUCUUUAGGCAAGCGAGUUUUAUAGAGAUACUGCCACGUGUAGGCCUGAUGGCUUCUUGCACCAACCUUUGCGUUCUUUCAAUCUUUUAUAGUGAGGGUUCCUGACGUGCCGUGUCCCUCUGGCCUGCCUGUUGCCACUAAGCAGCCUGCAGCUCACAUAGCCCUGCCUUGGGGUGCCACAUAUCAGCUGUAGGAUUUGCAGGGCUCAUUACAUACCCCCAUUCACCACCUCAUGAUUGUUUGUCCUUAUUUCACUCAUUAUCAGGCUUGAAUUUCUUGCAGGAUUCUCAUUACAUACCAAAAUUCAACACCUCAUGAUUGUCUGUCCUUUAAUCACACAUUAUCAGGCUUGAAUUUCUUGCAGGAUUCUCAUUACAUACCAAAAUUCAACACCUUAUGAUUGUCUGUCCUUUAAUCACACAUUAUCAGGCUUGAAUUUCUUGCAGGCUGAUUACAUACCCCCUUCACCUCAUGAUUGUCUUAGUCCCUCCUCUCUGCUGUGAGUCACCUGCAGCUAGUGUUGGCAGCCUUUGUGGGGGUUACCCUUGCGAGUUCAGCAUCCAGGAACCAGUUAAAAGAGGCUGGUGAAAAUUUUAGGGAAGAUUAAGGGAAAGAGUGAGGAGGGAUGGGACUGGUGAACUGCAUUAUGGGAGGCACAGAAGAGGAUGCAAGGGACAGAAACAGCUGGAGGAGACUGGUAUGUGGUGCAAAUGUGAGUAAUGAGUAAUAAUAGGCCUGAUGAUAAUUAUGGAGAUGAUAGUGGACAGAUGUGUGUGUGUAUGUGUAUGUGUGUGUGUUAGUACUGAGUUUUGAUGUUAUCCAAAAUUUAGUAUGUAUUUUAUUCCUGCAGAUCUUGACCCACACAAAGGUAAUCACAAGAGGGCUGUCACUGAUAUUCUUAUUUUUUAAUUAUCUAUUUAUUACUGAUCUUAAUAAUGAUGGAUAUAAUUCUCAGUUUUGUAAGGAUUGUGUUGUGUCAGGUGCAGUGCAGUGUUAUUAAUUUAACUUUUAUCUACUCGUAUUUACUUCUUACAGAUCCUGAUUAUGAUUGAAAUACGUGUCUGUUAUAAAAUAUGCCCUACAAUAUAAUCUUACCUCUAUUUUUUUUCAUAUUUACUUUGAAUAUAUGUCAUUGUUUUGAGAUUAUGCCCUGCAAUAUAAAUUUUAGCUCUAUUUUCUUCAUACUUCCGAAAUAUGUCAGUUUUAAGAUUUUGUCCUGCAAUAUAAUCUUACCUCAAUUUUUUUUCAUAUUUACUUUUGAAUAUAUGUCAUUGUUUUAAGAUUAUGCCCUGAUUAUGCUCUAUUUUCUCAUAUUUACGUCUUACAGGUAUUCAUUAUGAAAGAAAUACUUGUUUGUGUUCUAUAAGUUACGUCCUGUGAGGUGCAAUACAGUGUUAUCAUUAUUUUAACUUAUAUUCUUACAGAUCUUGAUAAUUCACGACAAAUCUCAAACCUAAUCUAACCCAACUCGUAUUUAUUUCUUAUAUAUCUUAAUAAUUUACAACUUCGUAAUUAUAAGGGGUGUAUUUAUUCAGAAAAAGACAAGCUGUGAUGCGCAUUAGUGAUUACAUAAACAGGACAUUAUAAAGGUGUACUGUAGACUGUUUGGGGGCUGCAUUUUUUCAUAUUUACAUAUAACAACACCCAGCAGCAUUUACCGCCCUUCCGCUGCAUGUAGCGAAACACCGACAACAUGCAGCGGUUCAGAUGACGAUUCACACUGCUCGUCCCUCAUCAUAAGCGAGGGUUCAGUGAGGCUCGUGUGACAUUCAAUAUUCACAAAAUGCUGAGGUUUUUACAGUUUUUGCCUCAUAAUCAAGCGUCCAUUAAAUCCAGGGGUUAUUUGAUGUGUCUAAAGUAUUUGUCCAAUAUUCGCUAUUUCAGGCUUUGCUAUAUUGGACAAACCGUCUGUUAUUGAUUUAUUUAAAGGAAAGGCACCACAACCGCAGUCAUCCAUUGAAAUACAUAUAAUUUUACUGUUUAUUAAAAUACAUAAACAUACAUUUUCGUGGUAAGACAAAAUGCGAAAUUGUAUUAUUCGUAUUGAAAGCAGCAAGGCGUAUUGGUGUGUGUGUGUGUGUGUGUGUGUGUGUGUGUGUGUGUGUGUGUGUGUACAGACGUAGCUAAGGAGUGCAAUACAUAGAAGGCAAUAUUUUGAAGGUGCAAUAUUUAGGUAGCAAACUCUAUCGUAGGGAGGGGAUGAUAUAAAAGAAGAGUUUAAUACUACAUAUGUGAUGCAUCUAGGAUUAGAAGGUUCUCAGCCACGGUUUCUUUUUUUUUUUUUUUUUUUUUUUUUUUUUUUAAGUGUAAUGAAAAUAAUGAUGUGGAGUCGUAAGCCCAAGAUGUUAAUUGUUCUGAAUUCUCAUGCAUUUUGUAGUAUAAUGAAAAAUGCCUAAAAAUGUGUGUUGUUAUAUAUAUUUUGCAAUUCCAUAGUUUUUUAUUAUUUUUUUUAAGAUGUUAUAUUUACUUUUUUAUUUAUUUUAUUUAUUUAUUUUUUUUUUUUUAUCCUUCGGAACUUGCUAUUAUUUAUUUAUUUUUUUCCACUUUAAGAAGCCACGUAGUUUGUUAAUAUCAAACAUAAAGACUUUACAAUGUACACCUAUUAAAAGUUUACCACAAUGUAUAGAGUUGAUCUUAAACACCAAACAUAUUCAUACCAAUGCAUUACGUACGGCCUAUAUAGUUCGUGAUAGGCGAGAGCGCUUUAAAUAUAUUACUGCUCAUCUACCGAGAGAGAGAGAGAGAGAGAGGGGGGGAAACCAUAACUCUGUGCAAUGUUUACGAUCAAAGACCACUUUUUUUGAAACCACUUCUUUCAAAACGCUCUACUUAUUUGAAGCUACACGGGUUCUUAAAGGGUCUUAUUACGGUUCUAGAGACAGAUUAACGUGAUUUCUACAUUAUUAGCAGGAUAAAUGGUCUUUAGAACCCGGUUAGUCAUCUCUGGCUUUUGAAAAUGAUGAGUGGGCAGCGUUGCGCAAUACGGCUGAAUGUUACGUCUGUUAUCUCAGAGAAGAUCCGUACGUGCUGUCCUUUGUUUCUGUGUUAUAAUGAUGUUUUAUCGCAUCUAAAUAAAUGAACGAA